CGCUGCGUUGAAGAGGGCGGGGGAGGAGUGCGCACGCUCUAGUUGGCUAGCCACUGGGCACCUCGCUGCGAUGGGGGCUGUUCGGAGUUGGGGCUGCUCCGUCGUCUUUCUCCGCCCCUCCCCCCCUCUCCUUCCCUCCCUUCCCUUCCCCGCCCCCCUCUACCCCUCUCUUCUCUCCAGAAUUCCCUGGGUGGAGUACGCGUGCGCCUGCUCUGCUCCCGGGCGAGCGCGAGCUUGGGCUCGUACCCCGCUCCCCUAACCCCGCCCGCUCUUUACCUACCGGCAGUAGCUGGCCCGGUGGGCUCGCGGGAGACUGUCGCGCGCGCACGCGCACACAACGCGGAGCGGAGCUUGAGACAUCGAGGAGGGGAGUAAGAAGCAUCGGAGGAGGCGAUAGAGGAGGAGGCGGUGUGUGUAUAUGUGUGUGUUCUAUGGUGUGGCUCGUCGAGGGGCGAGCGGAGGCUUGAAAGAGGGCGAGGGAGCAGCGAAAAGAGUCAGAGUCUCUGUCCGUGAGAGCUUCUAAUCUGGUUGCUAUGGAAACAUAAUGACCACAUAAGCGGAAGUCCUUUCUGAUAAUCCUGAUACCUGAGAUGUAACUGGACUAAAGAGUGGAACAGGAAAAAAUUUUAGUGCUAACCUCAAUUACAAUGGCUACUGAUUCAGGAGAGCCAGCUAGCACAGAAGAUUCUGAGAAACCUGAUGGAGUUUCAUUGGAAGACAGAGCUCCUCAGGUUGCAGCAACUUUGACAGUGGAAGCUAGACUAAAAGAAAAAAACAGUACUUUCUCUGCUACUGGGGAAACUACAGAAAGGAAGAGGUUCUUCCGAAAGAGUGUUGAGAGGAUGGAAGAUGAUAAAGUUGCUGAAUCUUCCUCCAAAGAUGAGAGAAUGAAGACUGCAACAAAUAUUCCAAGAGUAGAAAAGCUUCCUACAAAUGUGCUGGGAGGUGGACAAGAAGUUAAAUAUGAACAGUGUUCAAAGGCAACUUCAGAGUCCUCAAAAGAUUGUUUGAAGGAGAAAAAUGAAAAGGAAAUGGAAGAAGAAGCAGAAAUGAAGGCUGUAGCUACUUCUCCUAGUGGCAGGUUCCUGAAAUUUGACAUUGAGCUGGGAAGAGGAGCAUUUAAAACAGUGUAUAAAGGAUUGGAUACUGAAACGUGGGUUGAGGUUGCUUGGUGUGAGCUGCAGGACCGGAAAUUAACCAAAGCUGAGCAGCAAAGGUUCAAAGAAGAAGCAGAGAUGUUAAAAGGUCUCCAACAUCCCAAUAUAGUUCGAUUUUAUGAUUCCUGGGAGUCUAUAUUAAAGGGAAAGAAAUGUAUAGUAUUGGUGACUGAACUUAUGACAUCAGGAACCUUAAAAACGUACUUAAAACGAUUUAAAGUCAUGAAACCAAAGGUCUUAAGGAGUUGGUGCAGGCAAAUUUUAAAGGGAUUGCAGUUCUUGCACACUAGGACUCCUCCCAUUAUUCACCGGGAUCUGAAGUGUGACAAUAUUUUCAUCACGGGACCCACUGGAUCUGUGAAGAUUGGUGAUCUAGGACUAGCCACCUUAAUGCGAACAUCAUUUGCUAAGAGUGUCAUUGGGACUCCUGAGUUUAUGGCCCCAGAAAUGUAUGAAGAGCACUACGAUGAAUCUGUAGAUGUCUAUGCUUUUGGAAUGUGUAUGCUGGAAAUGGCUACUUCUGAAUACCCUUAUUCUGAGUGCCAGAAUGCAGCUCAAAUAUACCGUAAAGUAACUAGCGGCAUAAAGCCAGCCAGUUUCAAUAAAGUCACUGAUCCUGAAGUGAAAGAAAUCAUUGAAGGGUGUAUUCGUCAAAACAAAUCAGAAAGGUUGUCUAUCAGGGACCUAUUAAACCACGCAUUUUUUGCUGAGGAUACAGGACUGAGGGUGGAGUUAGCAGAGGAAGAUGACUGCUCUAAUUCAUCACUGGCUUUAAGACUCUGGGUUGAAGACCCUAAAAAAUUGAAAGGCAAACACAAAGACAAUGAAGCUAUUGAAUUCAGUUUCAAUUUAGAAACGGAUACAUCUGAGGAAGUAGCAUAUGAAAUGGUCAAGUCAGGAUUCUUCCAUGAAAGUGAUUCCAAAGCUGUUGCUAAGUCCAUUAGAGACCGGGUCACCCUGAUAAAGAAGACAAGGGAGAAGAAACCAGCAGGCUGUUUGGAAGAACGCAGGGAUUCCCAGUGCAAGUCUGUGGGGAAUGUUCUCCCUCAGCACCAGAAUACAACUUUGUCCCCUGCUCCUGCUCAGCACAUGGGGGCUGAAUGUGAAGAAACUGAAGUUGAUCAGCAUGUUCGACAACAGUUUCUACAAAGAAAACCACAGCAGCACUGCUCCUCUGUUACAGGUGACAAUUUGUCUGAGGCAGGAGCUGGAUCUGCUAUACACUCAGAUACUUCAAGUCAUCCCAGUGUGGCCUAUUCCUCAGACCAGAAGAUGGGUUCUCAAGUGGUUUCCAACAUCCCACAGGCUGAAAUAAAUGUUCCAGGGAUGAUUUAUCCAUCCCAGCAGCGAGUAGGACAUUACCAGCAGAUUUCAGGGCUGCAACAGCAGCCAAAGCUGUCUCAGCCCCACAUUUUGCCUUUGGUUCAAGGUCAGUCCACUGUUUUGCCUGUACAUGUCCUUGGACCUCCAGUUGUCUCACAACCCCAGGUUUCCCCAUUAACUGUCCAGACGGUCUCACAGGUAAAGCCUAUAUCCCAGGCAGUUGGAGUUGAACAACAAGCAACUCUUCUAAAACCAGAUUUAGUUAGAAGUCUGAAUCAAGAUGUAGCAGCUGUGAAGGAAAACAUCAAUACUCCUGAUAACCUAUAUGGAAAUGGCAAACAAGAUCGGAGCAAACAAAGAAGAGCUUCCUGUCCUCGACCAGAGAAGGGGACUAAAUUCCAACUUACUGUGCUUCAGGUGUCAACAUCUGGAGACAACAUGGUGGAGUGUCAGUUGGAGACACACAACAACAAGAUGGUCACCUUCAAGUUUGAUGCUGAUGGUGACGCACCAGAAGACAUUGCAGAUUAUAUGGUUGAAGAUAACUUUGUGCUGGAAAGCGAGAAAGAAAAAUUUGUAGAAGAAUUGAGGGCUGUUGUAGGUCAGGCUCAGGAGAUCCUUCAUGCCCACUCUGCUAUAGAUAGAGCCAUUGGAACUGACUCUAUAAUUGUGGAAUCCAACAGUAGCCAAACAGGAUCAUCUGAACAAGUACAGAUAAAUUCUGCAUCCACUCAGACCAGCAAUGAAUCUGCUCCUCAGUCAUCUCCAGUUGGUCGGUGGCGAUUCUGUAUCAAUCAAACAAUAAGAAACCGUGAGGCUCAGUCUCCUCCUCUUCAGCAGUCCAUGUCUACAGUUCCUGGGUUACCUCUACUUUCUGGUCCAAGAACCACAAGUAAUAAGGAAAUAUCACAGGAUACACUGCUCACUCUAGAAAAUAAUCCCUGCCAGCGUGUACUUUUUGCCUCCAAAUCAGAACUCAAGGAUGUAGUUGAUGGUAAGAUUUCUGAAUAUGCCAGUGUAGACACUAAGCAGCAAGCUGUAUUUUAUCAAGUGGAAGAUGACAGGCAGAUAAUGGCAUCAGUUGCUAGUAGUUCAACUCAUACUACUACUUCAGUUCGUGCAGUUCCAGUUGAAUGUGAGGGACUCACCAACCAAGCAGGCAUAUUUCUACCUGCAUAUCCAUGUCACCAAGCUGCCAGUCAGGCUGAUGUACUUAUGGUCCCUCCUGGCGAGUCAACUCAGAUUGCUGGUAACUCUCUUACAACUCUGGCAUUUAUGUCUGAUCAAAAGCCUCAAUCCUUAGCAGUGCAGCAACCAACUAUGGAUGCAGAGUUGAUUUCCCAAGAAGGAGAAACCACAGUGAACACUGAAGCAAGUUCUCCUAAGAUGGUCAUUCCCACUCAGACCCCUGGCCUUGAACUGACUACCCUUCUACCCUCUACUGUCCUGGAAUCAGAUGGGGAAAGACCUCCAAAAAUGGAGUUUGCAGACAACCGAAUUAAAACUCUGGAUGAAAAAUUAAGAAACUUGCUCUAUCAGGAGCAUAGCAUAUCUAGCAUCUAUCCUGAGAGUCAGAAGGAUACCCAAAGCAUAGACUCUCCAUUUUCUUCCUCUGCUGAAGAUACGCUCUCAUGUCCAGUGCCAGAAGUCAUAGGCAUCAGUCACAGUGGAAUUCAAGAUAGUCCUGCACAGUCCCCUAAUUUUCAGCAGACAGGCUCUAAGAUUCUGUCCAAUGUGGCUGUGAGUCAGCCUGCUAACAUAUCAGUGUUCAAAAGGGACCUGAAUGUGAUAACUUCUAUACCCAGCGAAAUAUGUUUACAUGAGAUGUCUCCAGAUGCUUCACUUCCAGGGGAUCCAGAGACCUAUCCUGCUGCUGUGUCAAGUGGUGGAGCCAUUCAUCUGCAGACAGGAGGUGGAUAUUUUGGCCUAAGCUUUACUUGUCCUAGUCUCAAAAAUCCUAUUAGCAAGAAAUCCUGGACUCGCAAAUUAAAAAGCUGGGCAUACAGGCUACGGCAGUCAACCAGCUUUUUCAAGAGAUCAAAAGUCCGUCAAGUGGAAACAGAAGAUAUGAGAUCAGCAGUUGCUCCUGAUCCCAUUCCUCUGACAGGAGAGUCCACAGCUGAUACUAGGGCUUUGAGUAGAUGCAAAGUGAUGAGUGGAUCAUUUCAGCGGGGUCGGUUCCAGGUGAUUACAGUUCCUCAGCAGCAGUCAGUGAAAGUGACAUCUUUUGGAAUAGAACACAUACCAGCAUUCAAUAAAAUGACAACCCAUUCUAGUGAAGAAGUUCUAGCCUUUACUGAAAUAGCCAAGUCUCAGUUAGUGAAAAUGGAAACUUCCAUGUGCAAUCCACAAACUUCACUUUCUUCUCAGAAGUUACGAGCUCAUCGUGAAACCUUUAAAGAAGAUAAAAGAAUUGCCAAACAAGGUGACAACUACUCAUCUUUCAACACAGCUUGUGAGACUGAUGUAUCUUUGAUGACCCCAGAAAAGGAACUGGAAGAAAACUCAGCCAUGGGAAGUAGUAUGCAUUCUGGACUUGAACUAUUGCUUAAAGAGAGAGAGACAUUUACUGCUGGGAAACAUCCUAGCUCUGAUAGUGAAUUUUCAGCCACUCUUGCUGGCAGAGGGAGGUCAGUGGCAAAGACUGCUCCAGUGAGUGAUCAGUGCUUACCACUCCGUGAAGAAAAAGCCUUUGCUCAAACACAGAGCUCACUCUUCUAUUCACCAUCUUCUCCAAUGAGCAGUGAUGAUGACUCAGAAAUAGAGGAUGAGGAUUUGAAGGUGGAGCUUCAAAGAUUACGAGAAAAACACAUUCAGGAGGUGGUAAAUCUUCAAACCCAGCAGAAUAAGGAGCUGCAAGAGCUCUAUGAACGCCUUCGGGCAAUUAAAGAUAGCAAAAUCCAAUCAUCAGAGGCUCCUCUGCCACCAUCAUCACCACGUAGACCAAGAUCUUUCAAAAGCAAACUUCGCAGCCGCCCCCAGUCCUGGACACACGUGGACAAUGUCGCAGUUGCCACAGAUCCGCUCUGUGUGGAGAGUAAUGUAGCAUCAUGCCAGCAAUCUCCAGCUAGUAAAAAAGGCAUGUUCACAGAUGACUUACAUAAACUGGUGGAUGACUGGACAAAGGAAACAGUUGGAAAUUCUCUUAUUAAGCCAAGUUUAAACCAACUCAAACAGAGUCAACACAAACUAGAGACAGAAAACUGGAACAAAGUAUAUGAAAAUACUCCAUCUACUAUGGGCUACACAUCAACAUGGAUUUCUUCUCUGUCCCAAAUCCGUGGAGCUGUCCCAACCUCCUUGCCACAAGGACUCUCACUCCCUUCAUUUCCUGGGACAUUAUCAUCAUAUGGAAUGCCCCAUGUCUGUCAGUAUAAUGCUGUGGGGGGGCCAGGAUACCCAGUACAAUGGGUAGGAAUUUCAGGAACACCACAACAGUCUGUAGUAAUUCCGACUCAAUCUGGGGGACCAUUCCAGCCGGGAAUGAAUUUACAGGCAUUUCCAGCUUCAUCAGUGCAGAAUCCAUCUGCCAUCCCGCCUGGUCCCAAAUGAAUCAGAGUAGAUGAUGAAGAAAAGGGAGAAUUUUUUCAGAAUUAUUUUCAUGAUACCUAAGAUACUAAACAUUCUUCUUCUUGGGUUCUGCCAUAUAUUCCCUUGUUUGAGUUUACCUUCCACUGUAUUUUUUUUGUUUGUUUCAUUGUGGUAUUUUAUAUAGCUCAUCAUUCUAUAGAACUGUGCAGUUUGUACAUAGAGCACUGCACACAGAAAUGUUUUUUCACUUCAAAUCCUAUCCUCUUUGAUACUUGAUUUUUUAAAAAUACCGUUCAGAAUGCUUUAAUAAGCUCAGCUUGAGCAUUAACAUUUCCAGGACACUUUCCAUGAAUUGCUGAGAAGCCCCCAUUUUUUACUGCUGCUAUCUGCAGCUGGAUGAUACUUUAAAAUGUAUAAAAACUAUUUAAAUUGAAACUCCCCAAACGUGGAUGAAGUGAGACCCUCCAACAGCCGGAGUCUUAUGGGAUUCUUCACAUGUUUAUCUUAGGUUUACCUUUCACAGAAGGCAGGGUAACUUGCUGCAGGAAAUGUUUUGGUAUAUAAAAUUAGAAUAACUUUGUCAACCAGUAUAGACCAUGAGCCCUUUUUAAUGUGAUUUUCUUCCCGUCGUCACAGCAGUAGGAGUAAAGCCUUGUUUUAAGUGAGGCGGAGAGAAAGGAAAAAACAGAACUGUAACAGUUCCUUGAUUCUGCAGAUACUGUAGCUACUUUAGGAUUUCAAUAGUAAUUCAAAGUAGCUAUCUCCUUGUUUCUCAUGUGCACACUACAUUGUUUUUGAGCAUCUGAGAGGCAUUGAUUUGGCUUGCAUUCUUUUGCAAGGGAUAUAUUGCAGCUGAUACGAAUCUUAUUUGGGGGGAUCUUUGUAUUCGUAACAAAGAGAAUUCAAGUUACACCUCUAUUGAUCCAUUCUUCUGAAGUAAAAUGUACUUGACACAGCAGGUUGUACGUUUUGAGACUUACACAUGAAACACUGGCUUUACAGGGUUCUAAGAUGUGGGGUAUACACUGUCCUGCAGUGAGAUAGUAGACCCUCAAAGGACACUAUUUAAGUUGCCCUUAGCUUUUUUUUUUUUUUUGAUUACCAUUUUUUUUAGUUGCUAUAAUUUCUUAUUAGUAUAUAUAGCAUCCUAAAUGAUUUUAGAUCUUAGAUGAUUUGGCAGCCUCUUUAGAAUCUGAGAGAGAUCACUGUCAAGUUGCACUUUACUGGGUUUUAUCCAGUUUUAGGAGGAGGUGAGGCAAUGUCAAAAUAGACACUUUUGGAUUUCAGGAAGGUUAACUAUAAUAAUCUUAAAAGGCUGGUCACAGAGUUACCUAAUGCUCAGUCUGUGAAACCCAAACAGAGUUCUUAAAUGGUAUUUAUCAACUACUACAUAUACACAUUUAAAAUACUUACUUUCCACUCUGAAAAUUUCAAGGUCAUUUCUAGUACACAUUUACCUGAUAAUGAGUUCUGUCUACUGGUAAACAUUCCAAAUUAUUACCCAACAUUUCUGUUAAAAGAUUUUCCUCCAAGUUCCUCUAAAAUUUUUACCCCAUGAGCUUGGCAGGUAAGGAAAACUUAAUAGGUGUAGUUUCUUGUUUUGUUUGCUUGUUUGUUUGUUUGUUUUUUGCAUAGUCUACUUUGUGACAUUCAGUACCCUUUUCAAAAAAUGUGUCUGAUAAUGCUUACCUGAGGAUCACACUAACCAUCAUGAAGGUUCUGUCACUAUCAUUUGGGGUGUCUAAAGCAGCAUUUUCAGAAUUGCUGUUGAUAAGAGCCACAGUUUCUUUUCAUAAAUGAAAACAUACUCUGGUUUGGGUGAGUCUUUCUAAAUCUUAUGUACAGAUUCUUCAAAUUUCUUCUACAGUAUUGGUUUGCAAGUUGCAGUGAUUUUAGGACAUUAGUGUAAUGCAAAUGCUUGCAUUGCAGUGUUUUCCAUGUGUACAAAAACAAUGCACCUAAAAUCCAUAAUUCUUUAAAACUGCUCGUGUUUCAUUAUAAGAGUUGGCUUGUGUAAUCACAUUGAGACUUACAACCUAUAAAGUGAAAAUCCUGCAGGUUUUAAGAUCCCUUCUUCUCCAGUUGUAAUCCUUUUAAACAGUGUACCCCAGGAUGAAAAAACCUCCAUGGAUGACAUGCACAAUUACAUUUAUUAAUGGCUGCUCUGCAUCAGAUGUCCCACAUUUUGCCACCACCUCUGUUUUAUGUAUAAUUCAUCAUUCAUUUGCCUGCAGACUUUUGCAGUGCCUUGUAAUAUUUAGAAUCUUUUCAGAUUUUUUGCUGGAAAGAAAAGUAGUCUUCUAAAGUUUGAAGAUGGUGAAUAGUGUACUGCUGUCUCCAUGCUGACUGCAGUAGUUGGGUUAACAUAUGUUAUGUAUACAUUAUGUAUACGUAACAUGUAUAAGUUUAAAAAUACAGAAAAAAGUGAGUUUGUGCGGAAAUGAAGAAAACAGUGUUAUUCACACCACUGUGGAUUUUUUCCCCAUUACUUAAAUGUUUGAUUCAGAUGAUAGUCACUUUGACUGUAAAUAUUGGCUAGUUUUUUACCUAGGGGUUUUGCAUUAUUUCAUAAUUUUGCUAUCUCAUAUAAUAGUGCUGUUUUCAUCCUUGCUGAGGUAAUUUUCCUCCCCAGAAAUAAUUAACUCUUGAGGUGAAGCUCAGAAAUUCCCUUCUUACUUAACAAAAUGCCUACUAUAUAACAAGGGCCUUCUACCCAUUUCCAAAAAACCACACAAACCUAUCCUUUUCAUUUUCCUUUUUGUAGAAGAGAAAAAGGUUGUACUAAACAAUCCUGCUUGUAAAGUUUAUUUGGGGGAUAGUCUGUAUGUCCAACCACCAUGUUUACUUCUCCAAGUACAAGUCUGAUGAAUAGUACUGUAUCUCCAUAUGUGGCAAUGUGAGCAUUUCAUCAUGAAGUACAUGCUGCUAUGUUUGUGAAGUUGUGUGUUAACAUCAUAAGAAUAUGAAACCAGUAUUGGUGUAAAUCUAAUGAAAAUAACCCUAUGUAUAUUUGUAGCAGUCUUGAAUCUCUAUUUAAGGUAAUUUGCUGUAAUAUAACAAAUACCCAUUUUGUUUUUCAUCCUUUUCUUGCCAAUUUUAUAUCAAGCAUGAAUUCUAAUGGUUUGACAGCAAAAUUAUCUGUGAAAGUUUAAAAGGCACUUUUCUGCUGUGAUUUUUGGAUUGAGUGUGGUGUGUUAUGUGCAGUAUGAUGGGAUAUAUCAUUUUAGAACUCCAGAUUUAAUUACAGUCCAAUUACUUUUGUUUAUCUACCUCGUUUUCAGUGCUGUUUGGGGGUGUACAAGUAAACACUGCCUGUGAAACUUGCUUUUUUGCCUUGAUUCUCAGUAUUCUUUCAGGUUCCAAAUCUGGCCUGCCUCCUUGUCCCAGUGCUAACCAUGAGUUUGAGAUGAGUGGGACCAUCACUCUGCCACCAAUCUGUGUUUAAGUGAUGAGAGCCAUGUGCCUCUGCAGAAUAAGCUUUGGGGAUUUGGGGAUGGAGAGCAGAGAAGUACACCCAGCUGGUGGCAAUGUAGGACUUAGUUGUAGGAGUCCAUUGUAAAAUAAAUAGUAAGAAAGUACUAAAUUAGACAGUCCAGUGCCUGUAACUUAGCAUCUUUUAUUAAAGAUGCAUUUCUUGUCUUGUGUGCCUAAAGGGCUAUGGGUUGAAAUUGCUUUAACUACCGCAGUGAAAUAGUUGAUAAAUCCUACAGCAGUGGCCUGUCAUUCAGCAUAUUAGCAUAUUGCUAGGUAUUUGCAGUGGCAUUUUGUGAAAAUGGCUGUAUGCUUUUAGUUGAAUUGUAGUUGGUGGUAACUGUUUAUCUGAUCUCUAAAGUUUAUUGGAGGCAUUGACUUUCUUUGUGGUCUUUUCUGAAUGAUGCAUUUUUUGUUUUUCCAGAAACUCAGCUAAUGUUUGUAAGCCACAUGUUCCUUGUUUCACAUGUUUACGGUGUGUAACACUACAGCAUAUUUAAUCUUAGCAAAUGCUGUAUUUCAGGCUAUAUAUAUUCCUGAAGUAUAUUUGGCAUCAGUUUGGGAUUCAGUUAUUUAAUCUUCUGUUUGGUUCAGAAAAACUUGAGAUUUGAGGUGGUGUGCAGGCCAUUUUUUUAAGAAUAGGUUGUUCAUUUUUUCAUUCUGUUGUUUAUUGUAGACUUUUUUUAUCCCCCCUCCCCCCACUUUGAAGAUGAACCAGAAAAGGGGGUGGGUUGUAGAAAAGGCCAUUGAUUUGAUAAAUGUAAUUUCUGGGAUUCAGAUUUUUUUUUUAGUCCAAUCCAGUUGGUAAAAUUGUUAACACUCAAACUUGGUAAAAUCCUUUGAAAUUACUAUGACAUUUUUAUGGAGCCAAAUGCUUUCAGAUCACCAUGGAAAUAGUCUUUGUAUGUGAAGGAUGAACACAAACAUUGGUUGGGGUCCCUGAUAGCCAAGAUAGGCAGGGGCCUGGGGUAGUGGCUAGGUUACACUCAAGUUAUUUUCAACUGAGAUAGUUGGAGGAGUGUACAAACUAACAGCUUCCAUCAUGGAAGGUUUUCUUUUAGUUAAAAACCACCUCAAAAAGGCUAAAAGUCAAGCAAGAAGGGAAGAGAGAAACUGGGCUUUUGAGAAAAAAAUGUGCCAGUGUAAAAUAAACCCCUAAAUGCGUGCUUGUCAUCCUUCCAGGUUUUUUUUUUUUAAGUUACAUUUCUUUUCACUAUAAAUUAAGAUUUCAGAUUGAGGUUUGUGGUCCAGAACGUACCCUCAGCAGAAAAUAGUGACUGAUCGGAAAGUGCAGUUGUUCAAGGUCUGUCAUGCUCAAUCACUUAAAGCUGUAAUUUGUUUGAUAUGAAUAUUAAGCAUGUAGACCUAGUGCAGCAUGGGAGCCACUCAGGAAGUUUAUGCAAUUAAUAAACUUUCAUGCAUAAUUUACUAUGAAGUAUGCAGAAUUUCAGCCACUUCUCUACACUUAACAUUUAGUUGUAUAUGUGAACUCUCCUUUCUUAACUGGGGAAUGUAGCAUUAUAUAGUAUGUUGUUAAACUUAAUUUUAAUUUUAAUCUUUCUUGACAUUAACUUUUUGUUUUGUUUUGCUUUUGGGGGGGAUUGUUUUUGGUAAACCAAGUGAUCUGCCUUUAAGCAGUUGUCUGAUUUUGGUUCUUUGAAACUGUGAUUUUUCUUUCAUUUGUACUCAGCCAUUGUAAGUAUUUUGUUUCUUGGAAAUUUUGUUUUGAAACAGAAAAUAAAGGCUGUGUUAUAAAAUGAAUAUGUUAUCUUAUUAAAAUGCUUUCAUAGUCAUUGCAA